AUGGAUACCGAAAUGGAGGAUAUCCAUAAUAUCAUUGAUCUGAGCUUCCAUAAAGGAUCGGAAUGUUAUGGAAUGGGAGAGGAAGAAUUGGAGGAAGGAGAGUUGAUUGAAGGGCGACCACAAAUUCCCAACUUCAAAGCAUUCAAGCUAGCUACAUUUGAAGCCAAGGAUAAAGCAGAUCGUCUUGCAAAAAUAGAAAUAUGGGAGGAGAGUAUGAAGAGGGAAACAGCGCGGAAGCAGUGUGUGAGAAGCGUGGAAGGAGCGGCAUGUACACGAAAUUUUCAAGCAGAAUUACCUCUUGUACCUUCGCCGUUGACCCAGGACUCAAUUUAUAAUAAUCGGCAAGAAUCUGUGGCUUCUGAGACAAGUGGUUGGACAGAAGAAGAAAGGGAGCAGGCUAUUCACAAUGGUAUGUACGGAGAUAAGUACGGGGAUAUAUAUGGCGAUGUUUAUUGGGAUACGAAUGUGGACAUACAUGAAGAGAAUCUCGUUUCAGAAAAUGUCUCGCGUACAAGACGAAAGAAAUCAAAUCGAAGUAAACGAAGGAAGAAGGCAGCAGAACUUCAAGCGUCGCUGCAAAUCUAUGGAUUACUUCCAGUUCCUCUUCCUCCGCAGCCUUUGCAGGAGCAAACCGAUCGAACUGUUUCGCAGCGUGAUGGCGCAGCUCUUCGUCGCGAGUCAAAUAACAACCAACAGGAAGUAAGAGAGCAGGAAGGGAGCAGGGAAAUGACUAUGGAACGAACCAAUCCUGGGGCGUUUACUCUGCAGCGAGAGCGUCUGGAAGAAAUAGCUAAUCUACGUGAGAGAAUAAUGGCACGCAAAACUUUGCUGCAAGCACAGGGUCUUCUUCCUAUGUCCCCUUCUCGGCAAAAUGUGAAAGAGAACUUUAUUCGAAAUCUCCCAGAUGGUAACCCCGAAGCUGAUAUCUUCAACCCUCAUAACAUCCAGGAAAAGAAAAAUGGGCAGAAAAUUCUCGAGACUAUGGAAAUCGAGAAUACUGGGUUUGGAGCCAGCCCGCAGGAGAAGGAUUUAAGUCAGCACAUCACCAAGAGCCCAAUAACAUAUCGAGUCAGGCUGCGAGAGCAGAGGGAUAAGAUAAGAGCACAGACACAACAAAGUGCAUUGGAUCGACAGAAAUCAUAUGGAAUGGUAGCUUCCCCUGCUCAUCGUACGCAAAACAAUCCCACGAUUAUUUGUAGAAGUUAUGAAAGCGGUGUUGCAACCCCGCUUCAGCAGGAGAAAAAUACUGCAGUGGAGAGAGCGCGAGAACCGAGCACUUCAAUACCAGCUGAAAUCAGAGUGUUAUUACAGAGGGAAAAGGAACGAAGACAAAGAUUAUCAGCACUAGAUAACAUUGAGUUGGUGGAAAAGAAGAAAGGAGAACAGGAGCAAGAGAUUUUGGUACCGGAACAGAUCAGAUUAUCAAUAAAGAGUACUAAGUUGGGGAGUGUGCCUGCCAAGAUUUGCGCUGUCUUGGAGAAGAGAAGUUUGGAGAUAGUGAAAAAACGAGCUGUACUUCCAGAUCAAGGUUCAUCAUUACAGACACAAUCUACUCCUCAAAAGCCGUGGCAGGAUAAUUCUUCUGUAAUUGGUAAUGGAAGCCGAGAAGUGUCACAACUUGAGCGUGAGCAAGGACAUCGCGCUACGGAAGGGGCGGGAGACGGGGAACUUCUUCCAGCCCUGAAAGAUGAUGGAUUUCUACCAGAGAACUUGGACAUGGAAAUCGAUACUGUUAUUGAAUAUAGAGACAAAGGGGACAUUACAAAAACGGUUUCAAUACCUCAAAAUAUUAUAGACAUAUCAGAUGAUGCGAGGUGGCACGGCGCAAAAAUUGGAGAAGUAAUGCAGGAGACUCCACUAAGAUCUGGCGCCAUGGUUGAGGAUACAUCAAAAGACAUCUGGCCCAGAUCCAUUCCCGAAGUGCUGUCACAGCUUUUUUUCCUGUCAGAAGAAGUCGAAGAAAUCAUAAAAAUGGAGAAUGAAUGGUUUGGGUGGCUAGGAACGGAUACUGAUAUCGAUACAGACAUUGAAGAUUCCAUCAAUGCAAUGACAUCCUCACCCAAUAGCACUAUCGAGUACCCACCAGAGCCAGAAGAUACCAGGGCCACUUCCGAUAUCUUAUCAGAACUUUUCAAUAUAUCAGAAAAUAUUGAAGAUGUGAUAAACAUGGAAAAUGUGUGGUUAGGCUGGCUGGGAAUGGAUAUCGAUGUUGAAGAUUUCGCGGACGGAUUUGCUAGGUGCUAA